AUGGGAGAGAAAGUCGCAAAUAUUGAGCAUUCUGGCAAUUGCGAUAGAAUAACUAAAAACCCCAAAGAUAGUAAUUAUAUAAUGGUUAUGGAGUAUGCAAGGCAAAGAAAUCUCCAAAAAUUGUUGGAUAGUAAAUAUAAGGCAUUAGAUUGGACUUCUAAA